UUCGUACCAGCACCCCGCCCAGAGCAGUGCUGCUGACUAAAUCCUAGCAGGCAGCUCACCCACACCCUUGCAGCUCCAGGGAGAGCCCCGGACCUGCACGCCUGGGUGUCUGUGGGUCCUUCUGCCCGGCCAUCUGCUGGUGGCACCUCUGCCCCACCCCGAACCUCCCCGACCCCCGGCCCCGUGUGCGCCACCUUGCAGCAGCUCUGCUGGCCUCCGCAGCCGGGAAACUCAGCAUGCGUCCCGCAGGCUUCGGGAACUUCUUGCUGCUGGCGUCCUCCCUUCUCUUCGUGGGGCUGUCAGCUGUUCCUCAAAGCUUCUCGCCAUCUCUGAGAAGUGGCCUGGGCGCCGCGUGCCGGCUCUCCCGGGCCGAGUCGGAGCGCCGGUGCCGGGCGCCCGGGCAGCCCCCAGGGGGCGCUCUGUGCCACGGCCGCGGCCGGUGCGACUGCGGGGUCUGCAUCUGUCACGUGAGCGAGCCCGGCGUGUACUUCGGGCCCCUGUGCGAGUGCCAUGAGUGGAUGUGCGAGACCUACGACGGGAGCACCUGUGCAGGCCACGGUACGUGUGACUGUGGAAAGUGCAGAUGUGAUGGAGGAUGGUCUGGGGACGCUUGCCAGUACCCAAAGACCUGUGACCUGACAAAGAAACAGAGCAACCAAAUGUGCAAGAAUUCUCAAGAUAUCAUCUGCUCUAAUGCAGGUACAUGUCACUGUGGCAGGUGUAAGUGUGAUAAUUCAGAUGGAAAUGGACUCGUUUAUGGUAAAUUUUGUGAGUGUGAUGAUAGAGAAUGCAUAGAUGAUGAAACAGAAGAAAUAUGUGGAGGCCACGGAAAGUGUUACUGUGGAAACUGUUACUGCCAGGCUGGUUGGCAUGGAGAUAAAUGCGAAUUCCAGUGUGACAUCACCCCCUGGGAGAGCAAGCGAAGAUGCACAUCUCCAGAUGGCAGAGUCUGCAGUAACAGAGGGAUUUGUGUGUGUGGUGAAUGUUCUUGCCAUGAUGUUGACCCGACUGGAGACUGGGGGGAUAUUCAUGGGGACACCUGUGAGUGUGACGAAAGGGACUGCAAGGCUGUCUACGACAGAUAUUCUGACGACUUCUGUUCUGGUCAUGGGCAGUGUAACUGUGGAAGAUGUGACUGCAAAGUAGGCUGGUAUGGGAAAAAGUGCGAGCACCCACGUUCCUGCCCGCUGUCAGCUGAGGAGAGCAUCAAGAAAUGCCAGGGAAGCUCUGCUCUGCCUUGCUCUGGAAGGGGUAAGUGUGAGUGUGGCGAAUGCACUUGCUACCCACCGGGAGGCGGCAGGGUAUAUGGCAAGACGUGUGAGUGUGACGAUCGCCGCUGCGAAGACUUGGACGGCGUGGUCUGUGGAGGCCACGGCACGUGUUCCUGCGGUCGCUGCAUUUGUGGGCGAGGAUGGUUCGGGAAGCUCUGCCAGCAUCCGCGGAAAUGUAACCUGACGGAGGAACAGAGCAGGAGUCUGUGCGAAUCGGCAGAUGGCGUACUGUGCUCGGGGAAGGGUUCUUGUCACUGUGGGAAGUGCAUUUGUUCUGCCGAAGAAUGGUAUAUUUCGGGAGAAUUCUGCGACUGUGAUGACAGGGACUGCGACAAACAUGAUGGUCUCAUUUGCACAGGGAAUGGAAUCUGUAGCUGUGGAAACUGUGAAUGCUGGGAUGGAUGGAACGGAAAUGCAUGUGAAAUCUGGCUCGGCACAGAAUAUCCUUAAUAAUCCAUGGCAGAGAACUGGAUUCUUAUUUUUCUAGGCCAUUAGAACAUAUAAAUGCAGAGGGAACCAUAUAUAAUCAUCCCUAGGACAGGUCAAACAGACCAUUGUAUGUUUUUCUAUUUCUGAAUGCCUCAGUGAAAUCUGGGUACCCAUUAAAGAUGAGUUAAGCAAAUUCUGAUGUAAAUAAUGCCAGAAAAAUUUUUUUCUACCUUAAUUUACAUCAGUGGUUCUCAACAAGGGCAACUUUACCACCCAGAAGACAUUUGGCAAUGUCUACAGACAAUUUUCAUUGUCCCACUGGGUGGGGUGGGAGGGCGUGCUGUGGGCAUCUAGUGGGUGGAGGCCAGGGAUGCUGCAAACAUCCUCUGGUGCAGGACAGCCUCCCACAGCAAAGAAUUAUCUAACUUCAAGUAUCAAUGGUGCCUGAGCUGAGAAACCCUGAGUUACACGGUUGUUAGAAAUGCACACCCCUAUACAAGAAAGACCAUAUUGGAGUCUAAGGAGAAGAUAUAUCCUCACAUAAAUCCAUUGACCAUAUUUUGCCAGUAUUUCCUAUGGAGACAUGAGGUAUGUGGUAUACAAACACACAUGGGCUAGGGGAGCAGGCAGAAACUACAUAACCAGUGCUUU